UGGUAUAUGUCAUGUGAGGGAAAGAGAAACUAGAAGAAACAAUCAAUUGUAUUUUUUAAUUUUGCGCAAAGCAAUGGCAUAAACAAUAUAGAUAUUGAAAGGAAAGCAAUAAGAUGCACGAUGCAUAUGAAGCUACAGCUUUGCUGGAAAAAUUACCUCUUAAGAUUGAAUCUAUUGCAUGCUAUGAUGACAUUUUGCUUGUUGGAACAAAGGAAGGACAUCUUCUGCAGUACAGAAUAAAAAGGGGUAUAGGGGAAAGUAAGUAUGAUGUUGUCUUGGAACGCAGCAAUAAAAAUUUUGGAAAGAAGCCAAUAUCCCAGUUAUCAGCAGUGCCAGAACUUUAUAUACUCAUCAGUCUUUCAGAGAAUGUUGUCAGUGUGCAUGAUCUCAAGACAUUCCAGUUAGUUGUUUGUUUAAACAAAACAAAAGGGGCAACAUUGUUUGCUGUGGAUGUACAGAAUGCCAAGACGCUAUCGGGAGGAGACCAGUGUAUGUUACGACUCUGUGUGGCCGUCAGGAGAAAACUCCAGAUAAUGUUUUGGAAAAACAAAAACUUUCAUGACUUGAAGGAUGAGUUCACGUUAUAUGAAGUCCCAAGAGCCAUGAGCUGGUGUAGAGAUUCUAUCUGUGUAGGAUUUUAUAAAAGAGAGUACUUUCUAGUCAAGGUUAAUUCAGGUGAUACCAAAGAGUUAUUUCCCCUGGGCAGUAAGCAACAAGAACCAAUUAUAGCUCGUUUAGAUGAAGACAGAUUAAUGUUAGGGCGGGAUGAGGCAUCCAUUUUAAUUGACUCUGAUGGCAACCCAACUCAAAGAUAUCCCAUAAACUGGUCAGAUCUCCCUGUUCAAAUAGAGAACAACCCACCUUAUGUCAUUGCUGUUUUACCAAAAUAUGUGGAGGUUCGAACUGUGGAGCCGCGACUGAUGAUUCAGAGUGUAUCACUGCCAAAGGCUCACACCAUAUGUCAAGGGAGUGGCCAUAUUUACAUUUCAUCACCUACAAAUGUUUGGAAACUAACACCAAGACCAUUAUCUUACCAAAUUAAACAACUCCUGGAAAGUAAAGAAUUUGAACUAGCUUUGAAAUUGGCGGACAUGACAGAAGACAAAGCAGAGGAGAAGGAUAUACUCAUACACAAAAUCAAGACUUUGUAUGCUUUCCACCAGUUCUGUCAGCACAAGUUUGAGGAAUCAAUGGCCAUCUUUGUCAAACUUGGAACAGAUCCUUCCCAUGUCAUAGGUCUGUACCCAAACCUGCUCCCCCAGGAGUAUAGGAACCAAUUAAGUUAUCCUGAGAAACCCCCGGACUUAGAGGGAGGGGAGCUGGAGAAGGCAUUACUCUCAUUACAGGACUACCUCACAAUGAAAAGAAAGGAAGUUUUGAAGGACAUUAGUAAAGAGAUAGAGACCACCGCCAUUAAAGAGGGAAACAUAACAAUCAAAUCCAAAAGACAGCUGAGUCAGAUCAUAGACACAACCUUACUUAAAUGUUACCUUCAGACUAAUGAUGCCCUUGUUGCGCCAUUACUCCGACUGAAGGACAAUAAUUGUCACGUGGAAGAAAGUGAGAAAGUACUCAAGAAAAAGGAGAAGUUUAGUGAGCUCAUUAUCCUGUAUGAAAAGAAGGGUUUACAUGAGAAAGCUCUACAGCUUCUCAUGAAGCAAGCUGCCAGACCAAAUUCUCCAUUGAAAGGCCAUGACAGGACAGUGCAAUAUCUCCAACAUUUAGGUAGGGAGCAUUUAAAGUUGAUCUUUGAGUAUGCAGAGUGGGUAUUAAAGGAACAUCAAGAAGAUGGACUCAAGAUUUUCACAGAAGAUUUGCCUGAAGUAGAGAAUCUUCCAAGAGAAGAAGUUUUAAAUUAUUUAGAAAGGAUUAACAGGGAUUUAGCAAUUCCAUACCUUGAACACAUUAUUUGGAAGUGUGAUGAUGAAUCUCCAGAAUUCCACAAUAGAUUAGCUCAGUUACUAGGGGAGAAGGUUCAGAAACUCAUGCAGGAAUAUUUACAGGGUCUUCCAGAAGGUCACAUUCCCAGCAGGGCUGGCAUGGAACCAGGUGAACUAGGAGAGGUACGUAGAAGACUUCUGAAGUUCCUAAACCAGUCGGAGUUCUAUGUCCCAGAAAGACUGCUUACAAAGUUUCCUCUUGAUGGAUUCUAUGAGGAGAGAGCCAUUCUGUUAGGUAGGCUGGGCAGACAUGAGCAGGCACUAGGAAUCUAUGUCCAUAUCCUUCAUGAUGUUCAACUUGCAGAAGAAUAUUGUAAAAAGUACUACAGAAGAGAUAAAGAAAGCCAGAGAGAUGUGUACUUUUAUUUACUGAAAAUGUACCUGGAUCCCCCCUCUCCCUCCACACUAGGUCUGUCAGCCAGUCAGGGUAUUGUCCCCAAACCCAACAUGGAGGCAGCCCUAAGAUUAAUGAAGGAACAUGCACCAAAGAUUGACACCAGCAAGUCACUGGAACUUUUGCCGUCAACAACUAGAAUGUCUGACAUCUUAGCUUACCUCGAAAAUGUGAUGGAACAUCAGGCCAUGAUCAGGAGAAAGAACCAGGUCCUCAAAAGCAUGCUGUAUGCUGAAAAUCUCCAGGUUCAUGAGCAGAGAAUGUUCUAUGAAAAAUGCAAGAUUACAAUCAACGACGAAAAGAUGUGUCGAGUCUGCAAGAAGCGCAUUGGAAACAGUGCCUUUGUAAGAUAUCCAAAUGGAGUCAUUGUUCAUUACUACUGUUGCAAAGACUUCAAGGAAUGUCCUGUUGAUAUUUGAUGAUAAGAGAGAGGGAAAACAGCUGACUAUAAACUAACUCCAUGUGAUGUGAUAUAUUUGAUAAAUAUACAAGCUUAUUUAAACCAUACACAUGUUAGGGCAAUUUGUUCUUAUUUUUUAACUAUGGAAAAAAAAAGUUAAUGGGAUAUUACAUGUAUGUACAAAAGAUGUCAUACUUGACCCAAAGGCAAGUGUUAGUUAUAUGUGGUGCAUACGAGACUCAAAAACUGUUGUUAUUGUUUUCUUUAUCAGACUGCUUUCAGUAUUGAUUUACUAACCUGCAUUAUUGUGAUCAUAAUUUAUGUCAUAUUCAAAACAAAAAUCUGCCAGUAAUUAGGGAAUUUAUCUGCAGUCAUGAUGUUUACAUUGUUACUUGUAUGAAAUGUAAACGUAUUUAUAUCAAGGUUGAACUUGCUUUUAAUGCAUUGUUUGUUAUAUUUUUAUGAAAUGCUUAUGUAUUAAAU